AUGAGCGAAAAUGAAAUAAAAAAUAUAAAUUAUAAUAAUGAAAAUCAACAAACUAAUCUAGAGCCAAUCAAUCCAAUUGUAGAUGAUUUAUCAGAACAAUUAAGAUUGAAAAAAUUACAAUUAAAAAGAAAAUUAGAAGAAGAUAAUGGUAUUGUGGAUAUUACAGAUAUAAAUAAUAAAGAUAAUAAUAGUAAUACAGAUAAUAGUGAAGAUAAUAGCAAUAAUCAAUCCCGAACCAAUAUAGAUAGCAAUGAUUUCACAAAUCAAGAAAUUAAAUCAGUUAAAUUAAACCCAGAAGAAGAGGCCCAACAAGUUUUAAAUGAAACAUUCAUUGGAUUUGGCGAUGAUUUAUUUAAAUUGGUUUGCAAUGGUCCAUUAUUAUCCAACUGUAAUAUGGCUGACAAUAACUCUGGAUCUUUUAAUGAUACAUUUUAUAAAGGUAUCAAAUGGUCACCAGAUGGUACAUGCCUUUUAACUUGUAGUGAAGAUAAAUACAUUAGAUUAUUCGAAUUUCCAUUCAAUAUUUUAAAUACAGGAAAAAAAGAAAAUAUAGAAAAUAUAGAAAAUAUAGAAAAUAUAGAGAAUUCAGAAAAUAAAAUAAAACAAAAUAUAAAUGACAUUGUAGAUCUUAAACCUGUUAUUGAAAUUAAAGAGUUUGAGUCAGUAUAUGACUACUGUUGGUAUCCACAUAUGAAUUCAAAUAACCCAAUUUCAUGCUUUUUUAUAACAACAUCGAAAGAUUACCCAAUUAAUCUUUGGGAUGCUUUUUCUGGUAAAAAAAGGUGUUCAUAUAAACCAUAUAAAGAUGUUGAUGAUUUAGAAUCUGCCUAUUCAAUUCAAUUUAAUAAUGAUGGCUCAAAGAUCUAUGGUGGUUUUAAAAAGUCUAUUAAAGUUUUUGAUAUUGAUAGACCUGGUGAUUAUUAUCAGGAAAUUAAAACUACAAAGAAAAGGAACAAAUCAAUACAAAAGAAUAAAAAGGGUAAUUGCGAAGAUAAUCAAAUCUAUUUAAAUGGUAUGAUCAGUAGCAUUGCAUUCGAUAAAAUGUCAAUGAGUGGUUUCUUUGCUGCAUCAACUUAUAGUGGUAACAUAGGUUUAUUCGAUGAAAGAAUUGAUCAGCUUGUAGAUAUAUUGCCUGACCCCAUAAUCUCCACAGAAACCACAGCAUCAAUGGGGAUAACUCAAAUAAUGUUUUCACCAAAAGAUUCAAAUUAUAUAUUCGCAUCAUUUAGAAAAUCAAAUUAUAUUGUUGGCUGGGAUAUUAGAAACUCUGUUGCUCAACAAGUUUAUCAAUUAUACCGCCCAUUGGAUACUCAUCAAAGAUUACAAUUCGAUAUUGACCCUGUCACAUCAAGAUAUCUUUCUACUGGCUCCCAAGAUGGUAAUCUAUUUAUUUACGAUUUAUUUUAUAAUGGUAAAUUGGUUUAUUCUAAACAAUUGGAGCCACAUUGCUUAAACUCUACAAGUUUCCAUCCUUACUUGCCAUUAUUAUCUACAUCUUUUGGUGAAAGAGAGUUUAAUUUAAAACAACUUGACCAAGAUGAAAUCGAUCCAUCAAAUCUUCAUCAGCAACCACAACUAUCACAAUUUCACAAAAAAAAUAGCUUUUCCAUUUUUAAAUAUAAUUAG